AUGAUCAAGAUAUCCGCCAAACCCAUAUCAAGUCCGGGUCGGGCGGAGAAGUACUACCCGCCGCCAUUGAUGAGGUUCCUGAGAAGCAAUGUGGGGAACAAGAGCCGCGGCAGGUCUCCCUCCAGCCCCUUGUUCGUGAGGAAGAGGAACGCAGCCACCGCUAUUGAAGCUCCCGAGCCCUCUUCCCCCAAAGUCACCUGCAUGGGUCAGGUUCGGGUCAGGCGGCAGACCAAGAAGAAACGCCUCCGGGGCUCCGAUUGCAAGCGCCGCAACUGGAUCCCGGACGCCCUCUUCUUCUCCUGCUGCCACGGCGGUAGUUGUAGUAGCCUACGAGGGAAAACGAAGAAGAAGAAGAAGCCCCGUGGCCGCGGGUGCUUCCGCCGCCCGGCCUGGCCCAAGUGGACCCGGUUCUUCCGGGUCGGGUCAAACCGGAAGUCCGAAAUCCGCGAGGACAGAAACGACCCGGAUUUGGGAAGCUCCUUGGAGGAAGAGGAGGCGAGGUCAGUGGGCGCCGCCAAGGUGUUCGCCUGUUCAUCGCCGGUGAAUUCGCCGCCGAGGAACGCGCUGCUACUGAUUCGGAGCAGAUCUGCGCCGUACAGGUCGUCGUCUCUGGCGAGCCGGUUUUGGGGGUCGUCGUCUCUGGCGAGCCGGUUUUGGGGGUCGCCGGUCGGGAGCGAGGAAGAAACGGAGGAGCGGAAACAGAGCACGGAGCAAGACUCGAGCCUGACAUCGAAGAGGGAGUCUUCUUCUUUCGAGGAGGAAUCCGACAAGGAAUCGAGGCUGGAUCCGGAAAUCGAAGAGACCAGGUUGGGGGUUUUCAAGGAUUUCGAAGGCUCUGUGGAGUCGGUGGUCAUAGAAAUAACAACAGCCGCAACGAAGCUUGAAGAGGAAGAAGAGAAAGUGGGGGGAGUACGCCGAGAGUGCAACGUCGCCGCGGCGGCCGGUUGUGCUGACGAGGUGUAA